CGGGCUACUUAAGCGCGCACAGGUGCCGGUGGCGGCGCGCAUCCAAUUCGGCUCCGUGUCCCCGAAACCCCGAAAGGAGAACCAGCGGCGGAGCCAUGAAGACGGAGAGCGGGGCGCAGGCGGCACCGUUCGCCGGGAGGAAGCAGAGCCUGAUCGAGGACGCCCGGCGGGAGCGCGGCAGCGGCUCCGCGGGCUCCCCGGGGCCCUCCCGCCGCGCGGACGGGCUCGUGUUCGAGGAGAAGGACGGGCGGGUCGCGAUCAACGUCCUGUUCGCGCUCGGCGGGGAGAAACACGCGGGAUUCUUCAAAACCGGGAAAAUAUUCGAGACGUUCGAGGCCAAACUUCUGCACAUCGAGAGCCGCCCGGGGAGGAAGACGAAGAACGGCGCCGCUGACCUGGAGUUCUUCAUGAAGUGCGAGGUGCACAGCGCCGACCUGGACGUCUUCAUCAACUCACUGAAGAGGGUGGUCGACGACGUGCGCUCCGUUCCAGAGGAAAUGGUUCCAUGGUUCCCCCGACAGAUAAAAGACCUCGACAGGUGCAACAUGUUAAUAACCAAAUUUGACCCAGAGAUGGACCAGGAUCAUCCAGGACACAGCGACCCAGAGUACAGAAAAAGACGGGCGUUCAUCUCGGAGCUCGCCUCCACGUACAAACAGGGGGAGCCGCUGCCCACCGUGGAGUACGCGGCGGAGGAAGUGUCCACAUGGAGGCACGUCUACCGGCAGCUGAGGGGCAUCUAUCCCGGUCUGGCCUGCAGACAGUUCCUGGACGGGCUGCAGCAGCUGGAGGAGGAGGCCGGCUACGGAGAGGACCGCAUCCCUCAGCUCAGGGAGGUGUCCGCCUUCCUCAAAGACAAAACCGGCUUCCAGCUGCGUCCGGUCGCCGGCCUGCUGUCGGCCAGAGACUUCCUGUGCAGUCUGGCCUUCAGGGUGUUUCAGUGCACGCAGUACAUCCGCCACUCCUCUGCGCCCAUGCACUCCCCCGAGCCAGACUGCUGCCACGAGCUCCUGGGCCACAUCCCCAUGCUGGCGGACAAAGAGUUUGCGCAGUUCUCCCAGGAGAUCGGGCUGGCCUCGCUCGGAGCUUCAGAUGAAGACAUUGAGAAGCUCUCGACGUUGUAUUGGUUCACGGUGGAGUUCGGCCUCUGCAAGCAGAACGGGGCGGUGAAGGCCUACGGCGCCGGACUCCUGUCGUCCUACGGGGAGCUCGUGUACGCCCUGUCGAACGAGCCGGAGUACAAGCCGUUCGACCCCGAGGAGACGGCGACGCAGCCGUACCAGGACCAGACCUACCAGCCCGUUUACUUCGUCUCGGAGAGCUUCGAGGACGCCAAGACCAAGAUGAGGAGAUACUCUGCAACCAUCAAGCGCCCCUUUGCCGUUCGCUACGACCCCUUCACCUGCAGCGUGGAGGUUCUGGAUCGGCCCGGCAAGAUCCAGAUCAGCCUGAGCCAGGUGAGGGAAGACCUGAAGACCCUUGAGAGCGCCCUGGAGAAGUUCAGCUGAUCAGACUCUCUGGAGAGAGGAAAGUCCUGCAGAAGCAGAAGGAUGCACCUUUGGCCCGUGUGAAUAUUCUAUGUGAGAUUUACUGUGAUAAAGAAAAUCACCAAGUCUGUUUGUGAGAGUUUCCUGUAUUCAGUUGCUUUGCUUUAGUGAUCCUGCACUUAAAACUUCACUUAAAUGAAAGUGUGUUGUCAGUAUUCUCAGCAAGAGAAAGAGAGAACAUGACCUUGUAGGACAUUUGUUAGCUUUUUAAUUCCAAACCCACUAUUUCCAUUUGGAACAUUCUCAGAAUCCAUUUAUCUUCAUCUGUUAUUAAGCAAAGGGAAGGAGCUAAUUAUGCAUGAUUUAAGUAUCGCGUUGCCUGCGCUGGCGCGGCGGCUUGGUGGAGGUCCAGGUCACCGGGACCUCCACCAAGGCACGGCUCUGCUGACGGACGCUCUUCGUUCCUCCUUCGCGCAGCAGCUCCAUCACUUCCGUGUGCGGCGGCCACCUUUCUGUCCAGUAAAUCAAGGCCUGCUGCGGCCUCCCACCUCGCCCCACCCCCCCCCGUUUGUGGGGGGAGAAAAAAAAACAGAAUAGUGUUUGAAGACAGAAAGAGGAAUGUUAAAGCGAACGUGACGUGCAGGAACGCACAAAACAACACACUCUCUCUCCGAGCAACACUUUGCAAUUUAUCGCAUCUCAUUCUACGUCUCACCUCGUCCGUGUCAGGAGGGGAGGGGGCGGGGGGGUCACCGUGUCCUCAGACUAAAGAGAUGCAUACCGUAGCUGGGGACGUUGUCGCAUCCGUCCUAAAAUCUGGAACGUGCAGCAAAUAGAUUAGACGGUGGACAUCAAGAUAAAGCGAGGAGGUCCAUCUCCAUGCAGAGACAUGUGUCUUUAUGCUAAGCUAGGCUAAGCUAUGCUAGGCAGGCCCCAGGUCCAGCUUCCAACAUGGCAUUGCUCGACUCAUCUUUCUAUGUGAAGCUUCUGUCCAAAGAUAUUGAUUUACUCUUUUGAAAAAUAAAUUCUUUUGGGUUGCCAGGUCAUGAAAACAUCUGGUUGGCUGUUUUUUUCUGUUCUGUUCUUUUUUAGAUGUCCUCAUCUGACAUUGCUUUGACUUUUGAGUUUUAAGUUCAUCGCAGUAACUCCUCCAGUGGCGCACAGCGGAAUGCUCGUGUUUCGCACUCCAGUAGUAAAAGUUGAUGGGCCGCUAAGAACGUUUCUCA